GACGACGUCAUUUUGCUAUUGGAGCCCAAGCAUUAACGGAAUCAAGCCCUCACCGCCAUGGCCGACUCCUUCCCCGCGUGUGUGCUGUGCUGCAAUGCCAUUGACAACGCGUCCCGCUUCAACACUGUGGGUGUAUGCAACCACCCUGGCUGCUGCAGCAUCUGCGCGUUGCGCCUGCGUCAGCUUCUGGGCCAGACUUCGUGUGUCAUGUGCAAGACGGACAUGCCUCGCGUCAUCUGCAUAUCGAACGAAGAGCAGACCUUCGAGUCCUUCCAGGACUGGGGGGAUAAUAUCGGUCCCUCACACGUGUUUGACGAGGCCUCGGGCAUGUUCUUCCUCAAGGAAGACUACACCAAGCGCAUCCGUAAGCUACGGGACCCUCUCUGUAAGAAAUGCGGCAAGAAAUUCGCUACAGUGAACGCUCUCCGUACGCACGUGCUGGACGUCCACGGUGUGCAGUACUGCAGCAUUUGUCUGGAGAACAAAAAGGUGUUUUUAGAGGAACUGGAGCUGUUUACCAAGGACCAAUUGAAAAAACACAACACAAAGGGGAAUCCACACGAGGGAUUUAUGGGUCACCCGCGGUGCGACUUCUGCUUUUCAAGGUUUUAUUCCACCACGGAACUGUACGAACACUUGAGAAAGAAUCACUUUGAGUGUGAUAUCUGUCUGUACCAGCUGAACGUGCAGAACCGAUAUUACAAGGACUACAACGACCUGGAGAACCACUUCCGAGCUGACCAUUUCUUGUGUGAAGAGCGGGAAUGUCUGGCCAAGAAGUUCGUCGUCUUCAAGUCGCAUCUGGACCUACAGGCUCACAUGACAGUGGACCAUCCGCAUAUCAAGACGAGUCGCAAGAUCGACGUCCACUUUACAGUCCGUCGGGCGUCCCAAGGAGACGAAGAUGACUUCCAAGAUCCGAGAUUAUUCGACCAGCAGAGCUCAGGGAACCACACGAUCAAUGUGGCUGAUUUCCCGUCUCUCUCUGGAUCGGACAGUGCUGCUGCAGGCCCGUCAUUCUCACUAUGGGAGAACCAGACGGUCUCUCAUCGUCCUAGAGCGGAGGACUUCCCUGCGUUAGCCUCAAGCUCUUCCAACCAAUCUGGAUCGACGUUCCGCAAUGCACUGGCACCGCCUCCUUCAGCUGCUCUACGUGCUCAUAUGGACAACAACGGAUGGGAGUAUGAGAGUCCGGACAUGGCUUCAGCCGCUGCCGUUUUGGGCGCCAACAACCCGCUGCUUAAUGUAUUGAAACCUGCUCGUAAGAACAACAAAGGCAGGAAGAAAGGUCGGAAAUCGGGCGGCUUGGAGGAGAAGCUCGCCACUCCUGUCGUUCAGGAAGAAGAGGAGUCAGAAGAGGACGAACUUGAGGGCCCUACGCCGUCCAAGACGGCCGUGGUGCUCAAGAUCCGCCAAGUUCUGGGCAGCGACGCCAAGUACGAAGUGUUCCGCGAAGACUGCAAGCGCUUCCGCAUGGGUGAGACUCAAGUCCCGGACUUCUACGCCAAGAUGCGUGAUAUGUUCUCGCCUACAGAUUUCUCGCAGCUCUUCCUUCCACUCAUGAGACUUUCUCCUGAUAAGGAACAAGUGGAUACAUUUUUUGCAUACCACAAGCAAGUAAGUAAACAAGCCAAGUCCCAGGGAUUCCAGGAGUCCCAGUCCAAGCGUAACAAGAAGGCUGCUAAACAGGCUGAACUGGAACAGAAGGCGCCCACACCGCGUCGUAAGAACCAGCGACAGCCACCGCAGCCGUCGCAGUCUGGGUGGGGCAAUGCUCUUAAGGAGAGCGGCGUCAAGACAGGUAGUGGUCGCAAACCAGCUGCCAUUGUGCACAAUACGAACAUGCGUGCAAUGUUAGGACGGGAUACUCAGCCUACGACCCAGUGGAGCUCGUCUGGCAGCUGGCAAGCGCCUCCUCCUGCAGCAUCCAGUGCGUCUGCGUACCCCGCUCUGGGGCGUACCCCUUCGAGUACCAAAUUCCAGAGUGCUCCUAGUGAAGCCUUUGCUAGUCUAAGUGUAUCGUCGACUCCAUCGUCUGGAUACGGCGCCGCAACUUCGGCGUAUGCAUCCACGCCGACGCCAGUGCUGCGUCAGAUGACGCCACCUCCUGCUGCGCCGAGUUUCAAGGCUGCAAAGAGCGAUUUCCCUGAACUUCCCAAGGCUGGGAAGCCCGUUGGAGUGCAGCCUGUAACACGCGCAACGUGGGAUGAUCAGGUGCAGGCAAUCGCGCAGAACCGCGCUUCAAACGCUCCUAACGGAGGCCGUGGCAAUGGCAAGAAGAAACAGAAGAAGAAAAGCAUGACGCUCCAGGAAAUGGCCAUGCAUUUCGGUUAAAAUUGCGGUUAAAAACUUCAAUAGAACACAAGGACCCUCUAGCAGUAUGGCUUCCAUUGUGCAGCUAGUUAAUGCCCAGGUGUGCCAUGAUCUUGUCGAGCUUGCUCUCGAUCGCUGCUAGCCGUGCCUCGACGUUGUUGUUUCCGUUCUCAUAGCCUCCAGACAAAGGCGUCUGACGUGGCGUCGACGGGGCCGAACUA